CUGGUUUACCUGUUCUCGUACUCUCCUAUUUACUAACCAGGUGAUUCCUGACAUUCCGGAACGGUGAUGGAUCUUUUUCAAAGGGCGCUUGAUUUCAGUUCGAAUGUUUUACAAAAUGUGCACGAGAUGUUUCGCUGCGAUUUUAGUUCUUUACAAACCAACGUCACGAUAUCACUUCACGAAGAAAGUUGGUACUAAUUUGGUAUACAUAAAAUACAUAUGUUCUUAUUAUGUGCAAUUUAGAAAUUAAUUGACUUACGGGUCAUUUAAUAACAUUUUCGAUAGUCAGUUAAACCUUGAUUGUUGGUCAAUUAGUGUUUAAAGUACAAUAGAAGUUGUG